ACUCCCAGAGUCCCCGUGAAAAGAGUUUGUCCAGGGCCAGAGUUGCUGUUGCAGAGGGGGUAGCUUUGCUUAUACAGCUUUUCCAAGGGGGUAACUACUGCUUUUGUCCCUCAUUAGAUCCUUUUUUUAAAUUUAAUUUUCUCUUUUAUUUUUUUUUUUAAAACAGAAUAUCACCUCUCGCUUGGAGAUUUAUUGCCCCCUCCACUUCCUUCUCCUCCUGUCAGAUCAUGAACAAACUAUAUGUUGGGAAUUUAAGUCCUUCGGUCACUGUGGAGGACUUGCAGCAGCUCUUCGGGGAGAGGAAGCUGCCCGUGGCCGAGCAGGUCCUCCUCAAAUCCGGCUAUGCCUUUGUGGACUUCCCCGACCAGAACUGGGCCGUGAAGGCUAUAGAGACUCUCUCUGGUAAAGUAGAAUUGCACGGGAAGGUGAUAGAGGUGGACUACUCUGUUCCCAAAAAACUAAGGAGUCGGAAGAUCCAGAUCCGGAACAUUCCCCCUCAUCUACAGUGGGAGGAUUUUGAUGGCCUGCUAGCUCAAUAUGGUACUGUCGAAAACGUGGAACAAGUCAACACUGACACAGAAACCGCAGUGGUGAAUGUUACGUACGCAACCAAGGAGGAAGCUAAAGAAGCUAUCGAGAAGCUGACAGGCCAGCAGUGUGACGACUACUCUUUCAAGGUGUCCUACAUCAUGGACUCAGAUGCCGCUCCGCCCGUCCAGGCUUCUCGAAGUCGACGCGGUGGUGGCCGAUUGUCACGGGACCAAGGACCCCCUCAGCCCGGGCCCUCUGGAGGCUUCAGCGUCCCGCGGCCUCGCCAGCAACACGACUUCCCCUUGCGCAUGCUCGUGCCCACCCAGUUCGUGGGAGCCAUCAUCGGCAAGGAAGGACUGACCAUUAAGAACGUCACCAAGCAGACACAGUCAAAAGUUGACAUCCAUCGGAAGGAAAAUGCAGGGGCGGCAGAGAAACCAAUCACCAUCCACUCCUCUCCUGAAGGCUGUUCGUCGGCCUGUCGCAUGAUCCUGGACAUCAUGCAGAAGGAGGCCAACGAGACCAAGACGACAGAGGACAUCCCUCUUAAAAUCCUGGCCCACAACAGCCUGGUGGGCCGCCUCAUUGGGAAGGAGGGUCGCAACUUGAAGAAGAUCGAAGAGGAGACAGGGACCAAGAUAACCAUCUCCUCGUUACAAGACUUAACCAUUUACAACCCAGAGAGGACCAUCACGGUGAAGGGGAGCUUGGAGACGUGUUGUAAAGCGGAGGCGGAGAUCAUGAAGAAACUGAGGGAGGCCUACGAGAACGACAUUGCUGCUAUAAAUCAACAGGCCAACCUUAUCCCAGGCUUGAACCUCAACGCCCUGGGCAUCUUCUCCUCUGGUCUGCCAGUGCUGCCCCCUGCUGCUGGACCUCGCGGCGCAGUCCCUCCUGUGGCACCAGCAGGAUACAACCCAUUCUUAGCUCCAGAACAGGAGGUUGUCUACCUCUUUAUUCCAACUCAGGCAGUGGGAGCUCUUAUAGGCAAGAAGGGCCAGCACAUCAAGCAGCUCGCCCACUUUGCUGGAGCCUCCAUCAAGAUCGCUCCAGCCGAGAGUCCAGAUGUCACUGAGAGGAUGGUGAUCAUUACUGGAACACCAGAGGCUCAGUUUAAGGCCCAAGGUCGGAUAUUUGGGAAGCUGAAAGAGGAGAACUUCUUCUCCGGAAAGGAGGAAGUCAAACUAGAGACACACAUCAAAGUUCCUUCAACUGCAGCCGGCAGGGUCAUCGGCAAAGGGGGGAAGACUGUCAAUGAGCUUCAGAACCUUACGAGCGCUGAGGUCAUCGUACCGAGGGACCAAACUCCAGACGAGAAUGAUGAGGUGUUUGUGAAGAUCAGUGGGCAUUUCUUUGCCAGUCAGACUGCACAGAGGAAGAUCCGGGAGAUCAUUCAGCAGGUCAAACAGCAGGAACAGAAGCACCAGCGAGGCGCCGCCGGGUCACCGCAACAAUCCAAGUGACCAGCAGAUGGCGGCUCCAGCGGGCGCCACCCAAUGAAUGUAGCCCUCCCACACGGACAGAGACCUCUACCCAGACUUAAGGCCACGGCCAAGAGGGACAUGCAGGGCAGACCAGCAGCGCCGGGAUCAAAAACCAAAGAAGUUCACUAAGGAGGGGAAGCGAGUGAGAGCCAAAGGCUGUGAGCAUUGUGUGCACUGCCAGCCCUGCCACAGCACACAGAGCAGGAUACUGAUAUUGCAAGAGAAAAAAACACGACCAGAACGAAAGCAAGAGAAGUGUCGUCUUCACAAGGUAAAACAGGAACUAGCACGUCACCCUGCGUAACAUUCUCUUUAGUUGGAUUGAUUUAGACCUAACAUGAAUGAUACUGUAUUGACUGUAGAGUAUACGAGACAUGCUUAGAAGAAGAGCAAGAUGAACUAUCCUUAGCAGUAUUAACACAGGGUAGAAGAGAAUAUUGACAUUUAAAGAGCAACCACAUAAAGCAGUUCCCCUAUUUUGGAAAAUGGAAAAAGUACAGUACAAGCCCGAUCUGGAAACAUGAUGAAUGCUUUUUGUAACAAGCCUGUGUGCAUGAGUGUAAGUGUGUGUGUGUGUGUGUGUGUGUGUGUGUGUGUGUGUGUGUGUGUGUGUGUGUGUGUGUGUGUGUGUGUGUGUGUGUGUGAGAGAGAGCCACUGUCCCUAUGAAAUUAUUUACACCAUUUUUUAUUUUAUUUCUAUCACUUUCUCAUCACGCUCUCUCAUCAAUUUAGUUUUUAAGAGGACUUUUAAAAGUAUUCCAAGGCAUGAAACUCCAACCCCCAAUCCUCACCCUCCGCCCCCGCAGUCUUUCUGAUACGGUGUGCAGCGGAUGCCAUCUGGGUCCUAUUCUCAAAAACAUCAUCUGUCUUUAAAUGAUUGAAGCAGAAAUGAAUACUUUGGACCUGCUGGUCAAUAGACUUUUUCCGUGUGAUGCCGGAACACUUCCGCUCUGAAUCUUCACUAUCGAUGUGGUGACGUAUGUAUCUGCAAAUGGAAUAAGAUGCAAAUAUAAGGACGCCAUUUUUUUUUUUCAAUGGCAUUUGUGGCGUCCCCUGUGGAUUGCGGUAAAAAUGCUUUGGAAGGCAUGCCGGCAUUCGUGUAAUACAGAUUGUAUAAUCAUUGUGGUGGUCAAUGACGUAUGGACAAUUAGUUGCCAAGUCCCACACGUGGCCCUGCAAAUAUGUUUUGUUGAUGGCGGCCAUGUUUUGCAACCAAUCUUGCUCCAAUUUUACAGGCAUGUACUUCUUAGUUCUCUAAAAGUGCAUACCAAUUUUUGUGGUGAUUUGGUAAGCGUCCUGAAAUUACAGUGGGUGGUUUGUAGAGCGCGUUUCAAGUCAGUCUGACUUAUGGGGUUCAAUAACAGCACCUCCAUGUGGUUUAUUUGCCUGAAAAAUACAAGUACAGUACAGGCAACGCAGUAGGGGUGCGUGUUGUGACAAACAUCUCCUCUUUUGUGCGCAGCGUUUGAGGAGUGGAAAAGGUAACUUGCACAGACAAAUACACGUGGUCUUCGGGAUAAGUGCGCGUUCUUUACCUUCCUCGAUCGUGAUGUUAGUCGAGUUUUGGUAUAAAUAGUUAAAUUGACUUCUGAGUCACUCACACUGAACACAUGAAAGACAUAAAAUACAGUCAUAAAAUGUUAAUAACAAUAAUUACAUGAAACAGUAAUAAAGCAAUAAGACAGCACGGCCAACCUUUCUAUCUCAAUAAUAAGACCACUAUGUUGCAUACUUAUUACUGUCGCUUUCAUAGGAGCAGAUCCUUUAACAUGCUCAAGGAUACUGACGGCAGUUGAGUUUUCUGAUGUUGUUUUGGCUUUGUGCGGCCGACAGCAGCCUGUUUAUUUUAUGUAAUUAAGAGAUUGUUGAUAGAGCACCUGCUCGUAAUACUUACAUCUAAGCAGACGUCGCAAUAGCAUCUUAAUCUUUAAUUAUGGUGGCGACAUACCAGUGUUGAGAGUGGUGUGGCUGUGCGUGAGCUGCACAUAGUGUACCGCAUUCUUUCACUGUAACCAGUUCUCGAGCAAGUCACUUGUUUGCGGAUCAAAAUGAAGUUUUUUAAUUAAUUUAUGGGAGCCCAUACGUAACCAUGAAACGCCGAAAUUCGGAAUGCAGAAAGCCGAGGACCACCUGUACACGCAAUUGUGACUGCAGCUCAACUUUCCGUGGCCGACACCGUCCUGAAACUACCUCAGACUAAAUCAACAGCCAAGCAGUCUACUCCGUUUUGCCACAGUCGCAUCAAGACAUAAUGAAUACACGAUGAAUUCCACGCAAUCAACACAUUUCUGACAAGCUUAUGACUUAUGCUAGUCACCAGUCUGAGGGGUAUACCGCGAAGCGACUUCAGUUGGUCAGCUAUCUGAGUCCAAAGCCAGGCUUGCCUGCACGAUGAAGGUGGCUCUCUUUUAAAGUGAUUAUAUCACCAUAGCUUGGGCUAAACUGUCCAGACUUUCAGCUUAAAAUCUGCUCUGAAAGCGUCGCUGUGUUUUAUAUUACAAUAUUUGCUGGAGGAAUAAGCACUCUGAGGCAUCAAUCAAUGGGAAGAAAACACUUCUUUAAACUGAACAGUCAACACAACCACCUAGUGGUCACCACGAGGUACAGCGUGUCUCAUGAGCACACUGAUGUCAACCCAGUACUUAUUUGUAACAGAUAACGAGGAAAAUUAAUUAUUUCACUUUGAUGUGGCCAUAGGGCAGUGUAAGCCCAAAAAUCUUACCCGCUGGAGCUAUUUUCACUGUCAAAAAAGACGUUAUUGUCGGCGACAGUAGAUAAGCGUGUUCAUCUCGACACUGUAAAAAAUGUAUAGCCUAUGCACAUUCAGCCUUGCUUUCAAUAAAGAAAACACACACACACAUGCAUUCUAUAAUUGAGAUCAAUAAAAUAUGAAAACAAUAAAGACAUCGUUCAAAAAAUUUAAAAAGACAGUUGUUGUCCUCCCUUGCUCUACUGGCGGCAACAGUGUUACUUUUGGCAGUGAUCGUCUUUCAGAACUCCUGAUAACGCUCCGUAAUAAUUCUGUGCUCAUGUGGUGUAAAAUACACCGGCCGGGACUGCACCAUUUUUGCGCAGCAGCAGAAUAAUAUCACGUCAAACGCCCCCUUUUAUGUGACUGCGCACUGAGCACAAAGCUGCAGCGUGAGCACGAAGCCUGAGUUUGUUGAGCUACUUCCGCCUCCGGUCACACACUGCUGUGGGAUGGCAUUCCCGAGUUUAACAGCUUACACUCGCUCCUCCCACCCUGUUGCGUUGAAUGCAAUUGUCGCUGUGUUUUAAUACGUUUGACAUCGCGCCUCUCGUUGUAUGAUUGUGGCAUGCCAUGCGCCACUUACAGAAAAAUGAAUUAGUGUUUACGUCUUAUUCCAUUAGCAAAUACAUGUAGAGGAAGUGACGCUAACUGGAGGAAGUGCUUUGACGUUCCCGUUAAAAGGGUCUGUUUGAAUGUGUGCACACUCGCCUUAAGGGAAUGUGUCAUGGGAUGGUGGUGGUUGGCUGGGUGGUUUUUAAGUGUGCAUUGAAGCAAAUGUGAAGGUGGGUUGUGGCACUUGAACGACCUGCGGCGCACACUCACGGUGGGCGGGUCGGCUUGAACCUUCUCUCAUGGCCGGGGGACCUUUCUAAAAGGGCGUGAGAGCUGUGAAUGUACCAUAACACAGCCUUUUUAGAAUCUAAUAAACGCAAUCAGCCCUCGUCUUGUCCAGCACAGGCCAGGCAGAGAUCGUUAUGCUUGAAUUUCAUUUUCUUUGCUGUUGUUUUUUUGCUGAGCUGGCUGACUGACUGACUGCUGUGCAAGUAUGCUGGGCAUGCGGGUCCCUAAUGGAGACCAUGGAAGCUUGUUGCCUUAUUUUGUCAUCUUUCACUCUUCAUUGCAAAGCUUAUUGCCACACCUUCCUCCAUGCGUGUGUGUGUGUGCGUGCGUAGGUGCAUGUGUGUGUAUAUAUAUAUAAAUAUAUAUAUAUAUAAAUAUAUAAAAAAGAGAGAGUAAUAUUUAUGAAUCUAUUUUUUUCCUAUUUUGUGAUGAGAGCUAUUGAUAUGAAACAAAAGAAAACAAAAGUCCUCUUCUUUUUUUGCCCUCAGUGGGACACUGCCAUAUUAUUUUGAAGGGAAGUGUUUAUUUUCUUGAAAAUGAAUAUAAAAGAGAACCUGAAAAAAACGUGAGAAGAGUAAAGUGAACCACCGCAGGAUGUAAACAGUGCGCAGUCAGUAUUGUGAUCUACCUCAGGCUUCAGGGUACCUCAGUCCAAUCUCUCAUUCCCCCCCCCCUUUUCCACAUUUUGUAUGCCUUGUUAACUGAUCAUUUUGAUCAUUUAAAAAUUUUUUUUUUUUAAUGAAUUAAAAAAAAAAAAUAAUGUAAAAGAAGAACAGGAGGGGCCAUCUCAACCAGUUCCUCCAACUUAGUUUAACUUCGUAGUCUUUGCCGUGCAACCUCUUACUGACACUCACAUGAAUUCAAAAAAAAAAAAAAAAAAAAAAAGAGCGAGAAUGGAUCAUGGAACGGGGGUACGCACUUGCCCGAAGUGGCUCGGAAUGACGAUGCUGUGUACUGAAUACACCGGGGGUGUCCAAAGUGCAGCCCAGGGGCCAUUUGGAUAAGCACUCGGGAUAUUGUAAGCAUAAAGUCAAUUCACUGUUAAUGGGAUGUAGUCUUGGAUAUUACACUCAUUUGCUUUGUCAGCUACUGUAUAUCACAAAGUUAAGAUGCGGAUGUUUUAUACAGCCUACUCAUUUAUACUCAUUUAUACAGCCUAGCUGACACACGUUGGAUUGGAAUGUGCAAACUAUCAACGUCACCGUCGAUCUAUCCCUACAUCCUGCAGUUUGUAUGCGUGCGGCCCCCGGUGGAAAAAGUUUGGACAUCCCUGGAUUACGCCAUCUAAAAAGAUGAGGGGGGGGGAAAAAAAUCAAAUCUGGUGAUAGAAAUUAACCAACUGUACCUCCUAGAAGUAAAAUAUAAAGUUUGAAAAUGUGUGUUUUGGUAGAUGAUUUGAUUUGUUGUAACAAUGCUUCGUGGAUAAAAAUGUUAUACCAUUGGAAAGCCUGCUUAUUUACCGUUUAAAUGAUGGGUCACUUCUAAGUAAUAAACAUUUAGGGGAUGGCUUUUUAAAUAUUUUUUUAAUCACAAAUAUCCUUGUUAGCAUCUUUGGCUUACUAACAAACUGUGAACCGAAACCAUAUCAUCAGCGGUUGAUUCACAAAAAUGUUAACACAAAACAUGUUUCUACAGUUUUACAUACAGUGCCCCCUUCCUGGUUCCUUUUAUUUUGCAUGUUUGUCACACUUAAAUGUUUCAGAUCGUCAAACUAAUUUAAAUAUUAGUCAAUGACAACACAGCGGAACACAAAAUGCAGUUUUUCAUGAAACUUUUUGUUAUUAAAGGACAAAAAAAAAUGAAAACCUACAUGUCCCUGUGUGGGGAAAAAGUGAUUGACACUGGGCAAAAACGGCCUGCAUGGCGGAGUUCCAAGACCAACACCACUGCUGAACAAAAAGAACAUUAAGGCAGAAAAUAUCUUCAAAUACUCUGUGGUCUGACGAGACAAAAAUUGAACGUUUUGGAAAGUGUGUCCCAUUACAUGUGGUGUAAAAAUAUCACCUCAUUUCAGAAAAAGAACAUCAUACCAACAGUAAAACAUGGUGGUAGUGUGAUGGUCUGGGGUGGUUUUUCUGCUGCAGGACCUGGAAGACUUGCUGUGAUAAAUGGAAUCAUUAAUUCUGCUGUCUACCGAAAAAUCCUGAAGGAGAAUGUCCGGCCAUCUGUUUGUGACCUCAAGCUGAAACCAACUUGGGUUCUUUAGCAGGACAAUGAUCCAAAACACACCAGCAAGUCCACCUCUGAAUGGCUGAAGAAAAACAAAAUGAAGACUUUGGAGUGGCCUAGUCAAAGUCCUGACCUGAAUCCUACUGAGAUGCUGUGGCAUGACCUUAAAAAGGCGCUUCAUGCUGGAAAACCCUCCAAUGUGGCUGAAUCACAACAAUUCUGCCAAAAUUCCUCCACAGCGCUGUAAGAGACUCAUUGCAAGUUAUCACAAACGCUUGAUUGCAGUUGUUGCUGCUAAGGGUGGUCCAACCAGUUAUUAGGUUUAGGGGGCAAUCACUUUUUCACACAGGGUCAUGUAGGUUUGGGGUUUUUUUCUCCCUCAAUAAUGAAACAUUUUAUUUUAAAAAAUGCAUUUUGUGUUCAGUUGUGUUGUGAGUGAUUGAUAUUUCAAUUUGUUUGAUCUGAAACAUUUAAGUAUGACAAAAUAAGAAAACCAGGAUGGAGGCAAACACUUUUUUACACCACUGUACAUCACACAAUUCUAAAUGCAUAUAAGUGAUGAAUGAAAGGGAUAAAUAAAUUAACAUUUAAGGUUACUUUCAUCUUCACUGAUGAUGUAGACACGCUGUGGCAUCUUCCUCUUCAGCACCACCUUCCUGUUCUCUUCAAUGCAGUCGUGUUUCUCACCUUCUUUACCAAAAUGCUGGCACUUGCAACUUUUCUUUGGCUCCGUUUUGGGGUUAUCGGGGAAACGCUGAGAAACUCACGGCAAAACAAGAAGGUGGUGAUGAAAGAGGAAGGUGUUGAUCUUGCUGCCACAUUUUGUCUUUAGGAACACUCACGUCAAGAUUCACAUCCUCAAUGAAGGUAAAAGUAACCUCAAAUGUUCAUUUAUCGCUUUCAAUCAUCAUUUAUGCGUAUUUUGAAUAGUUUUCUGCAUGUGAAUCCAUAAUAACGUGUUUUGUGUUCACAUCUUUAGCCUUCUGGAACAGGUCAAUUGGAUUAACAUUAUUUCUUAGGGGAAAAAUUGAUUCAGUUAGCGUCUGUUUAACUUAGAGUCGACCUUCAGGAACAAAUUAAUGACGCUAACCAAUUUAAAUUGAGAGCGAAGCCGCACGUCAAAAGGUCAUGUUUGACCAGGGUCCCUGGUGGCAUGACGGUACGCCCGCCUACCUUCCAUGGCGCGUUUUACCUCCCACUCAUGCACGUCGCUCACAAAUCAUUUCAAAGUGAAAUUAAUAAUACUUUCCAGUGGUAUGACGGCAAGAAGCAUUGAUUGAAUUAUCUAGCAAACACAAAACUCCGAGCUUUUUAUUUUGUUUACCUUCUCCAGACUGUACCUCCUAGGAAAAACAAAAAGAUUUGCCUGUGAAUAAGGAAUUUUGUAACACAAGUUUUACUCUCCUAUUCUCUGUUAGUGGUUUUAUUUUAAUAUAAGGAAGAACACACACAGAGCUGCAAAAAUACACUGACUCUUGAAUAUGGUGUAAAAACAACAACAAAAAAAAAGUAGAAUGUAGAAUUUAGCUGGUGACACUAAUGGACGUGAGACAAUAAGUAGUGUCUCACGACAAUGCAUCGUGUCUGACACACAUUUCGGUGUGCACCUGAGUGUCACUGCCGUUGUUGUUUUUUUUUUUAAAUUUUUGUUUUUAUUUUGUGCUGUACAUUUCAGAAUUACCUCUCUGAAUCAAAGGCUGACUUUUAGUGACUAAAAAGAGAUGCAGGGCAGUGGAGGGAUCGUACAAUGUCCCAGUGAACACACACUAGCAGUGCUUCAAAUAAUAAAACAAGGUCUCGUAACCUCACACAAUGCCUGAGGCUGCUCCAGCCAGCCUCCCUCCAGCCGGUGCAGUACCUUCUCCUGAUGAUAGCUGGCCCUGUGGUAUGUGGUGGUCUGCUAGCGGGCCUCUUCCUCGGCUUCUGCAGAGGACCGUCUGUCUGUCUGUCGUGUCUUUCAUAAGUGCGGCGUUCCCUCUAAGGCGCUGCAGCAGCGCAUCACGCUCACUGAGGUGAAGCCCUUGUGGUGUUUUCUAAGGUUUUUGGGGUGUUGCUAGACUUUAAUAUUCAGUAAAAACCACACUUACACGCAUCACCGAGGCGGUUUUAGCGGUGUUAGUCAUAUCACAACGGUUGGUGGGUAGCUGUUGUUGUAUUUUGUUGUUUUGUUUUGUCUUCCGCCGAUCCGGUUUUCUUGUCACUUACACGGUUUUGAUGAUUCUUAGCUCUUGAGUUUCAUUUCUAUUAGAUGGCUGCCAAUACUAGUUAGUACCGCCGUGGGUUUAAACCACACGCAAGUUCAUGUUCAAAUCAAAGUGGCACACUAGAAUGGCACUUAGUGAAGCGCAGACCUCCGCCAAGGCAGAAAACAAUCAUCAUCAGUUUGGGAUGGCACCAUAUUCUGUCAUAGAUAUGAAAUUUGACUGUUUUUUUUGGUCAUUAUUCACGGAAGUGUUGCAAAAUGCAUUAUUUAAAUAUUCAAUGUGGUUCUUUUGUGGCCUGUUCUCCACUCACUAUUCCACAAAGUUGAAAUUCCACAAGAAUGAAUUCAUUAUUUUGAUGAGAAUGAAGUGUACGAGUAUUAGGACCGCACUGAAAAUAGUCUGAAUUUUCUAGGAGAAUAAAGUCAUAGUUAUGAGAAUAAAGUUAAAAUGUUAUGGGGGGGCAAAAUAAGUCUAUAAAGGGGUUUUGGGAGCACACACACUAAUACUACUAUGAAAAUGUAAUGAGAAGAAUCAAAAAAGAGGGAAAGGUUGUAACUUUACAAGAAUAAAGUAGGGCUGUCUCAUGAUUGAACAUUUUCAUCAAAUUAAUCACAGUUUUCAAGUUAAUUGAUCAUGAUUAAUCACCAUUUGCCACUAAUGUAUGUGUGAAAUAUGCUCAUUUUGCUGUAUUUUAUGAAGAGAAAAAUACAUGACAGGCAUGUAUUCGUAUGUAUUAACAUCUCCAAAUACACAAAGUUUAAAUCAAGCUAAAUAUAGCACAAAUGUCUGAAAAUGCGUUUGCCUAACGCUCGUCUCUUUAAUAGUAGCAGAAUCACAGUUUCAUCAAGUUAUUAUGAGCCAGAGGGUUGCGUAACUUAAGUUGAAUUCAGAUGUCUUGAGUGUUUGAUGUAUUUUCUGGGGUUUCCGAGCAUACUUAAAAGCAGAAAAUCGUACUUCCGCAGUUAAGAGUAACGUUAGUGAGAGACAAGGAUAUCCACUUACUGUUUUUUCUUUGUCUUUCUGUGUAGCUAGACCACACAUACACGCAUAAUAAAGAGGCUGAUGUGAUUUUCAGAGUGUCCCUGAAUGCAUCUUGCGGUUGUCUAGUAACAAUAAGGAAGUAUCGUUCCCAGGAGGCUGAAUAAGGACACGUUUGAGUUGCCAAUACAAGUAUGGUGUUGGAAUUGCACUGCUGUUGAUGUGUUCAGAUCAGAGUAAAGUUCUAAAAGAGCGGCAGACUCGGACUGUGUGACUCUGGGGGGCCGCUAUUGUGGCUCCGUCUGCCAUCAUAAGAGAUGUGGCUUGAGAAGAUGCGCAUGCGUUAACGAAGGUAAAAAUUGUAACGUAGUUAAUUAAAUAAAUGAGUUACCGCUGUUAAUGCUCUAUUUUUGAUAGCCCUACAGUAAAGUAUUUUUUAAAAAUUCAUAAUUUCAUGAUAACGUGGUAAUAUUACCCCAGGAAAAAAUUGUAUGAGAAUAAAGUUGUAAUAUUUCAAGCAAAACGUGAUGUUAAAAAAAUCCCAAUAAAACAUUAACUGAAAAUAAAGAAGAAUUAAGCUGUAAUAUUACAAAAACAAAAGUUAUGAGAAAAAAAAAGUACAAAUUUUACAAGAACAAAAUUUUUGCAUGGAAAAAUUUUACAGGACAAAUAUGUAUGUAAUAUGAAAAAACAGUAUUUUAAUUGAGAAAAAAAUUGAACAUUAUCGUAAUUUAAUCAAUAACGUCAUCAUAUAUUUAGAAAAAAGUUACAAUUUUACAACAAUAAAGUGGAUAUUCUUUAUUUAAAAAAUAAAACCGUGUUCUUGUAACAUUAAAAGUUGUUUUCUCGAAACGUUUUGCUUUCAGUGUGGUCCUAAUAUACUGCACCUUCACCGCUCAAGGUGCCAUGCGGUACAAAUAAAAGCAUGCAACUUGGCGGAGGUAAGCGCCGCACGCUAAAGAAGGUUAAUAAAGGAUCCAGGUGUGAAUAGGAUAUCAACUACAGAACAUCGGGACAUGGCAGAGCAAAGGGCAUUCUUGAAGCACCCGAGCAACAUGGAUCAUCCAGUGUGGUUUAUCAAAUGUGAAGACAAGUGAUACCAUGCUGUCGUCCAUCCAGGAUGCACUUUGCGUCAUCUCGCACUAAACUUUCAACUAGUAGUUUUACACAUCUCACCAUUUGGGAGAUUCCUUCGUGUGUGUGUGUGUGUGUGUUUAAUAGGUGAAACCCCUCAAAGGUCCCACAUGCCCAGAGGUCUCAAACACCUCAAGGUCAUGGAUGACUGUGCGCUGGACUGACAUUCGAUCAUUGUUUCACACUUGGUGGUGGAUCCAUGCCUUUUUGGUUCCAAGCAUACUGUUGUUUGAGUUGUGAGUGUGAACUGUAUUGCUGAGCAACCUGGAUCUGAGCAAUAAACACAAUUUGCAUCAACUUCUUGUCCGGCAUUUUAUUGUUGAUUGUUGCCAACUCUGAAAAUGCGGUAAAUGCCUCACAAAUGUCACGGCUGAAAAGGCGUCAAGUUAUACGCGCCACAACACGAGGUACACCUGCACGAUCUAAAGCUGGUCAGAGCUUAUAUUUUUGAUCAUUUU